AGGACAUCAGAGUCCAUGAGAGAGGAGGAGCAGGAGGAGCAGUAGAGGAGCGGAAUGGAGGAGGACAAGCAGAACCCGGAGCACCGGAGCAACAAGGUCCGGAGAAGACAAGCAGCAGGCUCGUCCUCUGAUAGCAGCGAUGUUGAGAAGUUCUACCUAGCCAGCGGCAAGGCCAGAAGACAACCAUGUACCAGGCUUGGGUUAUUGUAAAUAGAAGAAACAGCUACGUCUUCACGGCGAACUGCACUUGCAUGGCUGGAACUCACAGAUGAAGACAUCCAAGAACUCCGUGUGAUUGCCCCUGAGGCUGCCAUUCUCACCAGCAUGGAGAACAGCGACACUGACACAGCAUCGGAGUCUGGGGAUGCUGUGGAUCCUGUGGAUCCUCCAGAGCUGCCAGAGCCACUCACUGCCAUGUACGAGCCCGCACUCAGACAGCAGACACCAGUGGACUUAAGAGAGAAAUGUGAGGAGGCCUAUCUCAACAUGAAAAGACACAUCCACCCUGACCAGUGUAAGAGACUGGAAGCCACAACAAAACAGCAGGCAAAGUCCAACGACUGGUACACUCACAGGGCUUGCAGGAUUACCAGCACAACAUUUUAUAGUGUAUGUACAGGUGACUACUUAUCCAAAUCCACCCUGGAGAAAAUCAUGCACUAUAAUGACAGCAACAUAGAGGUUCCAGCAGUUGUGUGGGGAAGAGAGAAGGAGGAAACAGCUAGGCAGUGCUACAUCAAAGAGGCAAAAAAAAAACAUCAAAAUAUAAAGGUUAGCCUCUGUGGUUUUGUGAUACGACAUGAUGAACCACACCUCGGCACAUCUCCAGAUGGUAAAGUAGAAUGUGAGUGUUGUGGGGAAGGGGUUGUGGAAAUUAAGUGUCCAUAUAAGUACAGGAAAGGCCUACAGGAUGCCACUGUCAGUGAAGAUUUCUGCCUUGACCAAACAUUCCAUCUAAAGAAGACACGUCCUUAUUACCACCAGGUCCAACUCCAUAUGUUUGUCUGCAAUGUCCAGUAUUGUGAUUUUGUUGUGUGGACAACUCGAGAGCUAGUUGUAAAUCGCAUCCCAAGAGACGAACAGCUCUUGCAGAAGGCUUUACCUAAGGCAAAACUAUGUUAUAUAUCUUGUAUUCUGCCAGAACUUCUAAUUCAUAGCCAAGAUCCUACCCUCCAACCACCAGUAUUUUGCAAGACAUGCGAGAAGCCAAAGUUUGGAAAAAUGAUUGAGUGUGUUAUCUGCAAACACGUCUUCCAUUAUACUUGUGCACAGGUGAAGAGGAGGCUACAGAAUUGGCACUGCAGCCUGUGUAAAUGAAUACUGUACACCCAAUCCAUCUGUGUCCAUCUUAACAGCUAGACAUUUUUAUAUGAACAAACAUGUAUGUUGAUGUUUCUAUUGUAAAAAUACCUUUUACAGCCACUGGAGGGGGAACAGUGCCAAAAGACAAAAUAAAUGUGAAACAUUCAAUGUGCUGGCUAAGGUAUUAUUUCAAGAUUGAUGUAACAGCCAUUGUUGUUAUAAACUAUGGCUCCUGUAUAUAUUACUUGUAAUACAUUAACUGACAUUGGAAUACAGAGACAUUUAAAGGAGAGCUAUU